GCCGCACUGCACACUGAAUAAUCCUGGACGGGGCGAGGCGGCGAUCCCAGUGUGGCCCUCAUCCAUCAUCGCUAUGGGAAUUACCACAGCGUUCUUUCUGAACCAAGCCCUCAUCCCGUACUAUCUGAAACCGGUCCACCUGGAGACACAGACUAUAAAACACUGCAGUUGAGACUGUCGCUGCACCACAGAGCCCAGCUCAGCUUCUCUCCUCCAGCAAGCAGAGGAGGAUGAUGAGGAUGAGACACAUCUAGAGAUGAGAAGUGUUUCUCUUGCUGACAACUUGGACAAGGACGUUCGCUCGACUCUCAUCUAAGUCUGUGUUUUUCUAGAUCGGGACGAUGCCCGUCAUGUGUGUGUCCGCAGUGCUCUUAUGGACAGUGGUGGUUGACAUCUCAGCCCGGGUUCUGACCACAACUAGCCCAGCUGACCAGCCCUUCCUCUCUCCCCGCCACUAUCAGCACACCGAUCCAGACUCGGGCACCCAGCUGGUCUGCGACAAGUGCCCGGCAGGCACCUAUGUGUCCGUCCACUGCUCCCUAUCAGCCGUGAGGGAGUGCAGCCCCUGCCCUGAAGGUACCUUCACACGGGGCGAGAACGGGGUCCAGCAAUGCCACCGUUGUCGGGCUCCGUGUCCUGCAGGCUUCAUCGAGAAAGUACCCUGCACUGCCACCCAGGACCGUGUCUGCACGUGUCCCCCCAGCAGCUUCUUAUCGGGGGAUGGUGGCAACGAGUGUAAGCCCUACUCACUGUGUCCUCCAGGGAAGAGGGUGAAAAAGCGGGGCAGCGCAAAAGAGGAUGUGCUCUGUAAGCCAUGCAGCAGGGGGACUUUCUCAGAUGUGGAGUCGAGUGCCGAAAAGUGCCGAACCCACACAGACUGCCAAGCUCAGGGGCUGGUGUUACUCGCACCAGGGACAAGAGAGACAGAUAAUGUCUGUGGCCCACCUUCUACAGCUCCCUCCUCUUCUUCAUCAUCGCCUGUUUUCACAACCACCCCACUGGGGCCUGCUCGGGCUGUGCUUGCACAGGAACCAGUGAUUUCUUCAUCCUCUCCAUCAUCAUUACUGGCGGAACUUUCACACAAAGACACCUACAGCCAGUCAGCAGCCAUUCUACUGUGGAAAAGCCCAGAUGGGAAAGACCACCGAGCAGAGGGCCUACUCCUCAGCAGGACAACCAAUCCCACCCUACCAAACCGUGAACCCACAGAGACUCCACUGCCCCCAGCUCGCAAGCAAUCGGUGGAUCGCAAGGACCACCCAAAUUCUGACCCUAUGCCAGGCCCUAACAAGAGGGGGAUGGAAAGGUUAGAGGAUGCUGAGGUAGUCAAGGUUGGGACAGGUAUCAGCAAGGUAGCUGGACAGGGGACUGGAGGUGGUGGUGGAGGUGUGAUCUCCAGCUCCUACAGGCCCACUCGCAGGGGGUCCCCGCGGCCGACCACCCAUAAUCACUUUGACAUCAACGAGCACCUCCCUUGGAUGAUCGUGUUGCUGCUCCUGCUGGUGCUGGUGGUAAUUGUGGUGUGCAGCGUGAAGCGGAGCUCUCGGGUGCUGAAGAAGGGCCCCAUGCAGGACCCCAGCAGCAUCAUGGAGAAGGCCAUUCAGAAGAAACCUUCUGCGCCCCCAGUGCAGGUCAAAGAGAAGUGGAUCUACUACUCCAAUGGACAGGGGGUGGAUAUUCUGAAACUGGUAGCGGCCCAGGUUGGCAUCCAGUGGAUUGACAUCUAUCAGUCGCUGGCCAACGCCACCGAGCGGGAGGUGGCUGCCUUCUCCAAUGGCUACUCGUCCGAUCACGAGCGGGCAUACGCCGCGCUGCAGCACUGGACCAUCCGGGACAGUGACGCCAACUUGGCCAAGCUGAUCAACGCCCUGCACCGGCAGCGCCGCAUCGACGUGGUGGAGAAGAUCCGCUGUGUCAUGGAGGACAACCCACAGUUUGACAUCAACCAGCUGAUGACCUCAGUGAAUGUAAGCCAAAGCCUCAGUCCCAUUCACAAGCCGCUAGAGUCUCCCAGCAGCGUCGGCAGCAGCAGCCAUAAUGGUAGCGUGGGCGGGGGCAGCGGUGUGGGCGUGGAGCAGUCACCGGUGGACCGCACCAAAGGCUUCUUCCCCGACGAAUCAGAGCCCCUGCUCCGCUGUGACUCCACCUCUAGCAAAGACUCCGCCCUCAGCAGGAAUGGCUCGUUCAUUACCAAAGAAAAGAAAGACACGGUGCUCCGGCAAGUGCGUCUGGACCCUUGCGACCUGCAGCCCAUCUUCGACGACAUGUUACACAUCCUGAACCCGGAGGAGCUGCACGUCAUCGAGGAGAUCCCGGCCGCCGAAGACAAGCUGGACCAGCUUUUUGAGAUUGCAGGAGUCAAGAGUCAGGAGGCCAGCCAGACGCUACUGGACUCGGUCUACAGCCACCUCCCCGACUUGUUAUAGUGGAGGAAGAAAGGAAGGAAACGGAAGGAAAGGAAGAAAACACACAGAGGAGAAGCGGCACAGGAUUAAAAAAGAAUGUCUAACUGAGAUCUAGUGUUGUGCAGAUUAAGCUUGGGUUGAUGUUUGAUCUGAUAGAGUCAUCAUGUCACUUUGUUACAUGAUUUCAGCUGGGUGUUGUAGAUGAGGUUAUCUACUUCCUGCAAUGACUCUUUUAAAAUCUUUACUGGUACUUUACUCCUCUUUACCCUCGAAUCCCCCUCUUCUGCCGUCUUGUGUGUAAACACUAUUACUCCUUCAUCCAUCCUCUACAUCAUGAUACAGGGUCAAAGCUCAAUGUAAUCGAAGCCUUCUGAGUGUUACGAGGAGGAGUACUUUUCUUAAAUAUGUUCAGCCUUAGCAAUGAGGCUCAAAAAAACUGGGCUGAAAAGGAACUGAAUAUGUAUUUACUGAAAAAUAUAGUAAGCACUUUCUUUAUCUUAACUGGCCAAUGCCUUCACCUUUAAAGGAUAAUACCGGUGUUUUUUGUUGUUUGUGCCAAUUAUGCAGGUUUCAUCUGCCUUUAGUGUUUAAAAAACAUAAGUAAAAAUGGAAAUUUCACACAGACAAUAGUAAAUAAGCUAUGACACUGGUAUUAUUCUUGGGGUUUAAGGGGUUUGAGGUUGUUAAAAGAUAAACGAUGGAGACCACAUUCACAGACAUUUUUCCAAGGUGUGGAUUGGCCCUGAAGUCAUGUGCCUGAACUUGUUACAUGUUCCUUUUCUUAAACCAUGAACCCUCUUUUUUUAUUUCUUCCACCCUCCUCCAGCUGCCUGUACUGUACCUGGAGCACAACACCUCUCCGGGUCUUAGCAUUUUAGCUUGUAACCACUCUGCCGGACCAGCAGGGGGCAGCAUUAGACUAGAGGGCUGACCUGUUGCUCUGGAACCAAAGCCAUAUAUCUCAAAUAUUGGAUUAAAUGUUUAAAUAAUCCAAUAAUAUGUAUCUAAUAUUAUGAUAUAUGGCUUUGCUUUGAACUGUUUGCUUUUGGAUAAAAGCUCCAAAACGAACAAUUGACUGGACAGGAAGGGGGCAGUGUUUAGUGCCCCAGCCUGCUUCUCUGGAACCAAAGCCAUAUAUCUAAAAUGGUUUAGAUACGUCGCUUUGGAAGCUCUGUCACUGUUGGACUCAUGGACAGUAUACAAUAAAUACUUCUACCAGUAUGCACAUUCAGAUAUCUGCUAGCUAGCCCCAUUCACCUCAACAAAUGUAGCUUUGAUGAAGUGUUCUUGAUACAUUUUGGAGCUUCAUGUCGGUGUGGUUUUUGAUCAGACAUGAGUGUCUGAGCAUUUCAGUGCUAAUAGUAAAAAAAGAAAACAACAACAUUUUUCAUGCAGUUGUAUGUUGCUACAUGCUGUAUGUAGUUGAUAUUAAAAUGUAAUGAUGCACUAAUUCUAUUUUCUAUUGGAGAGGCAGACAUGUAUUUUCUGUGUCCUUUCUUUAACUGUUUAACUAACAUUUGAUUUUGUUGUAAUGUUUUCUACAUUUAAUUUGAUUUAUUAUGUUAUUGUAGCAUCUUUUUGUUAGCAUUUUCUUUGUAUCUCAUGUUUUCACGGGCAUUCAGAUAUAUUUUCCCCCCUGCUUGGCAUGACAAGAUGACCUGGCUGGGAUGUAAGAUAUGCAUACUCCAUACUCUACUUGAAGUCUGUCUACUUGUAUUACUUGAUUUAAAUGAGGAAGAAAUAAUGUACUCUUUCAGUUCCUUCAAAGUUCAACGUUCGCAAAAUAAUAAUGAGACUGAAAAGCACCACCAAAAAACUCAUCAACGUUCAGAAAGGAUUUCGUCAUGACAGCAGCAAAUGAUGGACUAUGUUUUCACCAAGCCAGUUAUUAUUAAAACUACUGUGGUGCUAGAUGUGAACUCUCACCAGCUGGCCUGACACAGGGGGGACUCAAACCCUGGACUGACGACUUUUUAAAGUAUGCCAGACUGACUGAAGAAGAGUGGAGAUUGUGCUGCUGUGGACUGUGCUGACGAUGGGGAUGUUGAUGAUGAUGAUGGUGAUGGUGAGAAUGUGUGAGCUUGCUCUCCAUGUCGCUGUGGAGACUCAAAAUGCAGGGUGUGAGCUUUUUAUUUUCUAACGGGAGUCUGAAAGGGUGAAGGUGAGGUGCACAUGUGGCUCGAGUGGAUGAUUUCAUCAAAUUUCACGCGCAUAACCAGUAUGUUUACUACUAUGUAACCUCUUAAAAAUCAACCAAUUAAAGCUCAAAACAUUUGUCAUAA